CAGAUACGAAGGAAAAAAAAAUGAAAUAGAAAGUGGUCUGUCCAGUGCAAGAAACUACAGUCUCCGACGCUUUUAAAGCACCUCCUCCCGUACAUGGACCACGUUCUGUGUUCCUGUUUUCCACUCACUAUAGCAAAUGCACACGGUGCUUUCUUGAAGGUUCCCGCGCCAUUGUGCCCGCAUUUCUCGUGCGGUUGUCGACUCGGAAAGUAUCUUCUGGUUAUCCUCGGUCUAAAAGGAAGAAAAAAAAGAAAUUCAAGAUUCUUGGAACACGUUUAAAAUUACAUUUUGAAAUAUGAGGAAAUUUUUGGCUCUUUUGGUAAUCGUAUUGGCAUGUGUAAUGAUCAACGCUCAAGGACAGGUACCCCCUCCAAAAUCAUCAAUUUAUGGAACAACAUUUGACGAAAUUGUCGUAUCAUCCGAUCUAAGCGUACGAAGAAAAUCUAAAGAAAGUCGUCAAGGCAAAAGAUUACUUUCGAACGUACCAUCGGGUACUACCGGUUCGCCUGAAAAAUCAACUCCAGUUGCAUCCAGGCUCGUUUCAAGCGACGGGAGUCGUGUUACACCAGUGGCUAGAGCAAAGCGUGGAUCUGUUACAUCCCAAACAAGAUAUUUGGAUCUUGGAGUCGCGGGAUACUUGCUGAAGUCUCAGAAACGUUAAAGAAAAUUAAACAACGAGGACAACCGCACAAUCCCCACCCUCAUCUGUGAUCACACGUUUCGACUAUCUUUCGGACCCGGCUCAUGUAUCAAAAAUUUAAUAAAAAUUUUUCUGUGUCAUAACA